AUGCCUAAUUUCACUUGUUUGGCAUGUUCUGUAAAGUUUGCGGACGGUGAUACACAGCGUGAGCAUUUUGGAACUGAUUGGCACAGAUACAAUUUAAAGAGAAAAGUAUCGGAAUUGCCUCCGUUAACAGCUGAAGAGUUCCAAGACAGAGUUCUUGAAGCACGAAAGUCUGAUUUAGAGGCACAGAAAGAUGAAUCGCUUUAUUGUAAAGCAUGCAAGAAAUUCUUCAAAACAAAGAAUGCACACGAUAAUCACUUAAAUUCUAAGAAGCACAAGGACUGUGUCAAAAUAUUUAUUGAGAAUCAUGCAAAUGAUGAGGAUCAACAAGUUGAAAUUUGUGUUCCAGCUAUGGAAAUAAUUGAAGAACGUCAAAAACAAUUUGAGGAGGAAGAAGCGGAAUUAAUGGAUGUAGAAUCAGUCGAUUCUGAUGAAUGGGAUGAUGAUACAGAGAAUCCAAUUGCCAAUAAUGACUGUAUCUUUUGUGAUCAUCAUAGUCGAAGUAUUGUCAAGAAUCUUAAGCACAUGUCCAUUGCUCAUUCAUUCUUUAUACCUGAUGCUGAAUUUUGCUGUGAUGUCUUUGGGCUACUCAGCUAUUUGGCCGAUAAAGUGUGCAAAGAUUUCAUAUGCUUAUGGUGUAACGAGAAAGGAAAAACAUUCUAUUCAGUGCAAGCUGUUAGGCGUCAUAUGAUUGAAAAAGGUCAUACAAAAAUGUUGCACGAAGGAGCUGCUUUGGCCGAAUAUGCUGAAUUUUAUGAUUACUCUGCAAGUUAUCCAGAUCACGAUGAAACUAAAGAUAAAGACGCUGAAAUUGAGACACCAGUCCUUGAUGGGGAUGAAUAUCAACUCGUUUUACCAUCUGGAAACAUAAUUGGACAUCGAUCAUUGUUGAGGUACUAUAAACAGAGAAUUAAUCCAAAUCGGGCUGUAGUCGUCAGUAAAUCAGAUAGAAAGUUACACAAAGUAUUGUGUCAAUAUCGAGCUAUUGGAUGGACUUCAGCAAAACAAGAAGAAAUAGCAAAAAAAGCAAGAGACAUCCAUACAAUGAAACGUACUCAAGCAAAAUUGUAUGCACAGCUUGGAAUUAAGGCAAACAAAUUCCAGAAACAUUAUCGAGCUCAAGUUAACUUCUAA